AUGAGCAACUACUAUGAUUUAGACGACAUACUGGCCGAGGAUGAGAAACUUCCUGUUACGUUUCGGACCGGAGCGACUGGAGUGGGACGAGCUCUAGACCCGAGCACAGACGCCGAUGACCUGGCAGUGGGCGCAAAGGUGGACUUGCCGGUGUGGAUGGUGCCGGCUCUAGCGAAGCGAAACAUGGUGUCGGCCCUGGAGCCCAGAAUGUUCGGCGAGAGGAUUCGGAAGGAGGUGCAAGCUGACGCUGCGUGUGUCAAUCUCCGUGCCUGCUCGCCCUACUACUACUCCUUAGGCACAAAGAUUGCACCCUGGGUGCGGGACAAGACUCUCACGCGCUUCCUAUUCACAACCUUUGUGGAGCGCUACGCUGACCUGCUCACACGUGCUUUUGUGCUCCCGGAGAAGGAGGUGCCUCGCGUGCGCCGCCUGCUGCCCAAGGAAGAACAGCAAUGUGCGUGCGUGGUACUGGGAAAGGGAUUGAGCAGGGGGGAAACGGGGAUGAACAGGGGGGGGUUAGUGGGAAUCCGUGUGGUCUCACUGAUGGUGGAGAACGAGGGAAGGGUGGAGGAGGAUGGGGAGGUGGAAGCACAUCAAGCAGUGGUUGGGUUGGUGGUUCUGUUGGAGAUGGGUUUGAUGGGAGACCCGGUGGGAACCAGAGACAACGGAGGUGAUGACAAGGGAUAA